AUGUCUACCAAAGAAGAAACUGAAGAUAUGGAAGUUGAAGAAACCGGCUUGACGGAGCAAGUUAAUGAAAAUGGAAGCGAUGAACCUAGAGUUUUCAUCCCAGGUGUUAGUGGUUCUUUGGAGGAAGGGGAGGAAUUGGAAUUCGAUCCAGAAGCUUAUAAAAUGUUUCAUUCUUUCAAAACAAAUUGGCCAUGUUUAUCAUUUGACGUAGUCGAGGACGGUCUGGGUAUAAGAGAUACCUCUCCUCUUGAGUGUUACGUAGUUACUGGAACUCAAGCUGAAAAAUCUAAGGAUAAUGAAAUUCUUGUGAUGCGAUUGAAAAAUCUUAUGAAAAUAGAAGACGAAGAAGCAGAGGAAAGUGAUGAUGACGACGAUGAUGACGAUGGUGAAAAAGAAAAAGAGAAGGAAAAGAAAAACGAACCGAAAUUGGAAACCGUUUCAAUCCCUCAAUUGGGAGGAACCAACAGAAUUAGAAGUGAGAAACUCGGAAAUAGCUCUGUUUGCGCUGUGUGGAACGAACAUGGAAGAGUUCAAUUAUGGAAUAUUACUGAAGCACUGGCUCACCUUUCGUCUGAGCAAAAAGGUGUUAAGAAAACAUUGGACAAUCAAAAACCGUUAUUUUCAUUUAAUGGUAGUAAAAAAGAAGGUUUCGCUUUAGAUUGGUGCCCAACUAAAAAGGGUGAUAUUGCUACUGGAGAUAUUGUUAAAAACAUUUAUGUAUGGCAUAUGCAUGAAGGAGGCACAUGGCUUGUUGACCAGAAGCCACUAUUGGGACAUAAAAAAUCAGUUGAAGAUUUAGCUUGGUCCCCGACAGAGCAUGGCUUAAUAGCUUCUUGCUCCGCGGAUGGCUCUUUAAAACUCUGGGAUACGCGUUCUCCAGCUAAAGAUGCAUGCGUUUGCACUGUUGACAAAGCUCAUAACUCUGAUGUCAAUGUAAUUUCUUGGAAUAAGCACGAUGCUCUCCUCGUCUCUGGCGGUGACGAUGCAGAAUUAAAAGUUUGGUCUUUGAAGAAUAUUCAGUACGGAGAGCCUGUUGCGAGAUUCAAGCAUCAUACAAAACCGAUCACUUCUGUCGAGUGGCAUCCUACGGAUUCGACAACAUUCAUGGCAUCAGGCGAGGAUGAUCAGACGUCGAUUUGGGACAUUUCCACUGAAAUCGAUGGCACCGAUAAUAUUGUAGGAGUACCUCCUCAACUCAUGUUCCUACAUUUAGGACAGCAGGAAGUUAAAGAAGUGCACUGGCACCCGCAAAUACCUGGGCUUGCUUUGAACACUGCUCUUUCCGGUUUCAAUGUUUUUCAAACAAUUAAUGUUUGA